AUUACAAUACAGGCUCUCUCUUUCUCUCUCGUCUAUGGCGGUGUAGCGUAGGGUUUCAAAGCCUCAGCGUUAGUCAAACUCUCUGAUUCAGCUUUUAUUACUGGAAGUAUCUGCGAGAAAGUUGUUUCCAUCAAUCACAUUGACGUAGACAUAUCUGUUGACUUUCUGGAGGAGAAUCAACGAUUCGUUUUCAUAUCUCCGGCCAGCACCAGUUUCCGAUGAGCUUUGAGUGUGCAUCGAUGGUAAGAAAUCCAUCAUUAAGGCGGCGAAUCGCUUUGGUUACGGCGACAUUCGCGGUGGGAAUACUCAUGAUUAUUGCGUUCCAUACAGAUCAGCGAUUUGAUAAUCGUUUAGAGGAGUUGUUGAGUACAGUUGCGUCUGAGGGAAGCAAUUCCACUCUCUCCAUUCCGCAUCGCAAGCUACUCCGUCGUGCAGCAACGGAAGUGGAACCGAACAGAAUAUGGGGCGACAAGUGUUCAAAAUCAGACAUAGUGAUAAACCAAGGACCCACAGCACCCCUACCGAGUGGCAUACCAACCUACACGGUGGAGAUCAUGAACGUGUGCGUCACCGGCUGCGACAUCUCCGGCAUCCACGUGAGCUGCGGGUGGUUCAGCUCGGCCCGCCUCAUCAACCCUCACAUCUUCAAGCGGCUCCGCUAUGACGACUGCCUCGUUAACGACGGCAAGCCCCUCCUUAAUGGCCGCGCCAUCUCUUUCCAGUAUGCCAACACCUUCCAUUACCCUCUCUCUGUCUCCUCCGUCAUCUGCUAAACACCCCACCCCACCCCAACCCAACCCA